AUGGGCACAGAUCCCGGGCCCCUUUUAGCAAAUUUGUUCUUGUACAAAUCAGAAUUUGAAUUUUUAGAUAAAAAUACAAAAAAAGUUGUAUUCAACAUGCAGAUCAUUAAUAACACCUUUCGUUACAUUAAUGAUCUAAUUACAAUAAAUGCUGAUGAUAAAUCCAAUCUGCAUCAAAUGUCCAUAUAUCCAUCGCAACUGACGUUGAACAGAGAAAAUGUGAGCGAUCAAAUCUCUACAUUUCUAGAUUUUGAAAUGGCUAUCGUUAGUGGUGUAAUACAAAUUGAACCGUAUGAUAAAAGAACAAAAUUCGGUUUUAAAAUUGUAAAUUACCCGGAUUUGAAUGGAAAUUUUCCGAAAAUGAUGGAUUAUGGUGUAGUUAUUAUACAAUCACAUGUCACAAAACUUUCGGUAGACAAAGACAAAAAAUUUUGUUAG